AUGGAAAAAACCAUUCCCUCCGUGAAUGAAAGAUGGAGAUUCUGCGGGUGUGCAUGCUUUUUAGGCUUUAUCACUCUGUUACUCAUGCUCAACCAAAACACCCUUGUGACUCUCCAAAACCAAAACCAAGGCAUAUUGUCACCAAUAUCGUCACCAAUUACACCCAAUGUGACAGACACAGAAGAGUUGCAAGUCUUGGGGGUGUCAGAUCCCAUUGAAGAUGAUCAGAAGCAGAUAAAGAUUGAUCAAGAAAAGUGCAACAUCUUUGAAGGUGAAUGGAUUUACUAUCCCGAGGGAAGUCCUAUGUACGACGGAGCCAAGUGUCCGUUUCUUAGCGAGCAAGUUAGCUGCCAGAGGAAUGGACGGCUGGAUUUCGACUACGAGAAGUGGACUUGGGAAGCAAAAGGGUGUCACAUUCCAAGGCAUAAUGUAGGCAAAGACAUGUUGGAGAAGCUGAGAGGGAAGAGAAUGAUUAUAGUUGGUGAUUCUCUUAACAGAAACCAGUUUGAAUCCAUGGCUUGUCUUCUUUAUACUUCUUCAAACCCUUCUCAAGCCCAUGUUGACGUGAAUAGUGGGUCCUACAAGGUCUUGAGGGCAAAGGAGUAUAAUUGUUCUGUGGAGUUCUAUUGGAGCCCUUUUCUGGUGAAACUUGAAGACAAGAAAAAUGAUGGAGAUCGGAUUCUGAAACUUGACAAACUCUCUGACUCGUUUAAGAAGUGGCAAGGUGCAGAUAUCAUGGUUUUCAACACUGGUCAUUGGUGGGUUCAUCAAGGAAAACUCAAGGCGUGGGACUAUUUUCAGUACAAGGGAAAGCGGAUGGAGAAGAUGGAGGCUGAAGAAGCACUUGAGGUGGCUAUGAAGACUUGGGCUCGUUGGAUCGAGAAGAUCGUCAACCCGGCCAAAACAAGAGUGUUCUUCCGGAGCAUAUCUCCAUCGCACAAAGGAAAUCAAUGGUGCUACAACGUAACGAAGCCGAACACAGACAAUUCUUAUGUCAAACCGUUUGCCAAACAAAUGAUGAAUAUUGUGGAAAGAACAGUUCGGGAGAUGAAGACUCCGGUGACGUACCUGAACAUCACCAAGUUGUCCGAGUACAGAAGGGACGCACACCCGAGCAUUUACAGAACAAUGCAGGGAAAGAAUUUGGUAGCAACACAUCAAAAGGAGCCUCAAAAUUUGGCUGAUUGCAACCAUUGGUGUGUGCCUGGACUGCCAGAUACCUGGAACAGGCUGAUAUUUGCAUCUAUACCCCCAGAAAUCUCCAAAGACAUCUCUCCUUAAACAUUAUCUUUUUUUUUUUUUUUUGAUAAAUGUGCAAAGAGCUAACAGAAACUGACACAUAAAAGAAGUGUUUUGCAAACUUAUUUAUUUUUGGUUAGAAAUACAAAUUUCUUUCUUUACUUUAUUUUUGUUGAAUCUCACUAGGCUCCUAGCCUUCUCUAGUCACGUGUUUACUAUAAUGCAACAUAAAGCAUUACAACUCUU